AAAAGCUGUUUUUGAGGUACUAAGGAAAUUUUCUUCCGCAUCUGCUGGGUAAAGGGUGGCCACUGAUACGGUGUCACUUCAACAAGUUUGACUGUACUCUUAAAUCUAUCUUCAGAACCCCUGAACUCUGACUUAUCUGUUCUUACAAAACUGGAGGAUGAUUUGGUUGCUUCUGUUUGCACUGGCCUUAGUUUCUGGGCAGGAAAAAAUUCCUAAAAUAUUCAAAGAUGCCGACGACGUUUACACCUUCCCGGAUAAUUUUCAAAGAUUGGUAGUGAAAACAAACGAUGUCCCGUCCGCGAGUUACUAUUGGCUAAAAGAUGACAAAAAGAUCACAUGGAAAACUGAGCCAAAAUUUCUUCAGUAUGACCAACGAAUAUUGAUGCCAGAAACUAAAGACAAAAAAUAUGCUGGAAAAUACCAGUUUGUGAUGGUAACAAAUGCUGGAACAAUCAAAGGAAGAGAAGUCAAAGUUGAAUUUACUUAUGCUGGGGAAUUUGACCUAACCGUCCCCUCAAACCGGACAGAAGAUGUCGUUGUUGGUCAGGCAAAUUUUAUCAAAUGUCCAAAGCAUGAACCUGGUUCAAAUGUAAUCUACAAAUGGGGAAAAUCGACUGCCAUAACUGGGACAAAGUUUCUAGAGAUCAAACCAAACUAUAUAGUUUUGGAUGACGGAACAUUGUUCUAUUCGCAUCUUACUGAAGAAAAUGCAGAUCAAUUUAAUAAAUACGGGUGGGUAUGCGGCAUGGAGGCAAAAGUCGGUGACAAGAAUCAAUUCGGUUUCGCUGAGCAUGUAAUAACAACAUUCAAAAUAGUUAAAAGUAAGUGUGGUUAUUGA